AUGUCUUCCGCUGUCCGUAAACAGGCUCCCCGACCUGCCAAACCUAUAGGCCGCUACUGGCAGGGCAAAGCCCCCAAAGGCGCAUUAGAGGUCGAGUCCGAUUCCGAUGCAGGGGAGGAAGACAACGAUAACCAGGAGUUAGAAGAGGGCGAUGUGCCCAUUGGAGGGGACCAGGAUAUUGUUGGCGACGAUGAAGAACAGGAGGAAGAGAUGCAGCUGAAGAAGGCUGCAAGACCACAGAAGAUCAUGAAUGUCGCACUGAAGGAUGUCAGUAUAUCGAAUGAGGGGAAGGUUAUUGUUGCUGGUCGGGAAGAGAGUGGACGGACGCAGCUGGAAGAGGAGGAAGAGGAGGAGGAGUCUGACGCGGAGGCGAAACAGGAAGAAAGUGAGGAAGAUUCCAGCGAAGAGGAGAGCGAAUCCGAAGAAGAACAACCAAAAGUACAGUUCCGACCUGUAUUUGUGCCCAAGCGGGGGAGAGUCACAAUUGACGAACGUGAAACACUAAUCAACGACACGGAGGAAGCCCGCAAACGAAAGGAACUGGAAGCUGAAGAGCGUCGGAAACAGAGCCACGAUCUCGUCGCGGAGAGUAUAAGACGUGAACUCGCGGAAAAACAAAAGGAAGACGAAAUUCCCGAUGUUGAUGACACGGAUGGACUGGACCCCGCUGCUGAGUUCGAGGCAUGGCGGCUGCGCGAGUUGGGUCGCAUUAAGAAGGAGAAGGAAGAUGAGGUGCGCAGGGAGGAAGAACGCGAGGAGAUUGAGAGGCGGCGCGCAUUGCCAGAGGAACAGAGGUUGAAGGAAGAUUUAGAACGGGCGAAUAAAACUAGGGAGGAGAAACCCAAAGGCCAACAGAAAUUCUUGCAGAAGUACUGGCACAAGGGUGCUUUCCAUCAGGACGCCGAUAUUCUUAAGCGUCACGAUUACACGGAGGCUACUGAAUCUACUGUCGACGUAUCUGUGCUACCCCAGGUCAUGCAGGUGAAGAACUUUGGCAAGCGUGGGCGUACGAAGUACACCCAUUUGCUUGAUCAAGAUACCACUGCUGGAAAUGGGGGCUUUGGCGGUGCUGCGCCAGUGAAAGCAGGUGGUACCUCGUUGAAAGACGGCGGGGGUUGCUUUCUGUGCGGUGGUCCUCAUCUGAAGAAAGAUUGUCCGCAAAAUCAGAAUUUACCUCCUGGACGCAUACCUGCUGGGACUGGAGCUAACUCAGUAGCCACAGGGGCCCGGUCGUGGCGCGACCGAGAUAAACAUGAUCAACCACCACGAGGCGGACCUCCCCCCGAGAACCGAGAUAAUAACCGACGGGAUCGAGAAAGUGAUCGAAGCGGGCGUUAUGAUGAUCGAAAAUACGACCGAUACAACGACAGGGACCGCUCACGGUACGAUGAGAGAGAUCGAUAUUCACGUAGGCGGUCGCGCUCACGGUCGAGGACGAGAUCACGGUCACCUCCACCGAGGAGAAGGGGUCGGGAUGAUGAGUACGAUGCCCGGGAGCGUCCGUCGAGUAGACCAUCGGACUCUGACUACAGAGACAAACGGCGGCGGGUCGAGUAG